GAGCCAGCUUGUGCCGGGGGUCAGACUAGAUGGCCCGGGAGACCCCUGCUGACUUGCUAUUUUUCUAACUUCUGAAGUCAUGGCAACAAGGAAAUGGAUUUUAGUAUUUGGUCAGGUAAAUAUGGGACAGCACUUUAAAAACUAUCCUAGGAUGUAAAGCUUAAAGAUAGAAUUUUGAGUUGAGUCUGGAAACAAACUGGCAGCUAAUGAAGAUUGCUUAAUACAGUUAUAAUAUUAUCUAAAAGACUGGCCCCAAGUGAUCAUCUGGCAGCUUCAUUUUAUCAGUUGAACUUUCCAAUCAUUUUCAUAGGUGGCCCCAAGCUGAGCCAGUGUUGAUGUGACUAAUACGUAAAAUUUUUAACCUAAUUGCUUUCUGGAUUGUAACUUGUUAAGUGUUUGGGAUACAAUCUAGCAGGCAUGUCUGUCAAAUCAUCAUUAUUUGAAUCUAGACCAGUGGUCCCCAGACUUUUUGGGGCUUCCCCCUCCUUUCCUCUUGAGCAACAACCUUAGUGCCCCCAUGCCUCUUUCUUUGUAUUAGGUCUAUUGCUCUACUCCAAAUGUAAAACAACCAAUCACUGCCCCUUGGAUCUUUUCGCUGUCCCCACUGCUGUCCACUUUGGGUAUCAUUCAUCUAGACAAAUUAUUCAUAGGUUCAUUUGAACUGUACAUUCUUUUGUUCCCCUUAUAAAUUAGUUACAGUUUAUAAACUACAUUGCUUGAAGAACUCUUACUGAAGAUUUGCUGAAAUCUCAAGGAUGCCAUAGAAUAAGCUGUUCAUUACAACAUCAUUCAUUUUUAAAUUCCUGUUUUAUUAUGCUGGUGACCUUCAAUGUACAUAUACUUGAAGUACUGAAUAGAAAGCAACCACUGUUUUCCCAGCUUUAUUCUCCAUUCAUUGUAUAGAACUUAGUUUUAAUAAAACAGCAAGAUACAAGGACAUUAACAGCAAGUCGUUGGCUAGAUCCUGAACAGCAACCAUUAUUUAUGCUAUUGGUGCCUUGUGCAGGACAAUCCAGUGUCGCAAUGGAAACUGAACCCAAGAAAGGCUCACGUAAACAUGGGAAAUAUGGAAGACAUUCUCAUAGAGUAGAUGCUCUCCUGGAAUUCUAUUGCAAUGAGAAACAAGAGAAGAAGAGGAUGAAAGCAGCAUACAUCAUCCAGAAAGCCUGGAGAAGAUGGCUGGAUAUUGGUGUGUUUGACUACUAUAAAGAACUAAUAGGCUUCAAGCUGUGUGGGGAGCCCUCUCAUUUGAUGAAGUACAUUGAUCCUAGAGAGGCAGAAUUUUUAGAUGCUGCAGCAGGGGUUCAUAUGAAAUUUAGGUUAGGUGGGAUAAAGUUUCCUCCAAGCAUAUAUUACAAAAUAUUUACUCACAGGCCUAUUGUGGAUGUGUGUGCAUAUAGUCCCAAAGAUUAUACAAAACUUGCAAUCACAACAAGGCAAACACGAAAACUCCAGAAAAAGAGCUGUGAGGAUCCUAGUGACUGGUAUAAACGCAUAGAGAAUAAUGGCUGGAGACUUCUGUCCCCCAGGUUCUGGAAAGCCCUGGACCCUAUAACUGCUGAAGACAACCUCAGAGUGAAGGAAUUUGAGUGCUUGAGCAUGCUAAAGAAACAAGAAAUGAUAAAACGAAGAAAAAGGAGAAAAAUAGAAUGGCUAAAAAAAAUGUACUUUGGAAAAAGCCUUCAAGUGCAAACUGCGGAUCCAGCUGCAACAGUCUUAAUUCAAAGAGCAACAGAAGGUUUAAUCAGCACUUUGGAGAAUGAAGGAAUAGAUAAAGUGAUGGAAUGGGAAGUGGAUGAAAUGUUGAAAUGGACAAAUGCACUCAACUAUGAAGAGUAUGUCAAACAAUGGAAAGAAAUUGGAACAAGCAAGUUAUCUGAUAGCUACCAAGGCUUUCGGUUUACUGACCAAUCCUAUGAGCUGUCUGACUUAGCUCGGCUACCACACGUGUUCCAUGAAAUUGUACGAUCUCAUAUGACUAAGGUACAAGCAAAGAACUAAUGCCAGUAAGCAUCUCAAUUCAGAUUGGAGUGGAAAAGCACACAUUUGACAACUUUUGGAAGAAUCAACUAUAAUAGUAUCAAAGUAACACAGAAGGAGGCAAGCCUAACAAAACAGUAUAAAUGUAUGGUUGUGUACUUGUCUACCUUAGCACAUUUAUGUAAAAAUUAAAUGCAUUUUAAUCAGAUCUAGUCAUGAUGCUAUUGUGAACCACUCUGAGUAAAAAAAAACCUUGUUUUGGAAAAGGCAAAUCACCCACUGUUAUACAUAACUAUGUCUAUAAUUAAUACACAUAUUCAAAUAGCAUUCCUUAGGUUUACAUUUCUAAAAUAUAAACAAUGUGAUUAUCAGUUAAUUAUCCUGUCUCGGGUAGCUUUAGAUGUUACAUAAUAGUGACAGCAGAGGAACCACAACCAAUUAAUUACAACUAAAUAAAAUUUCAGACUUUACUUGUAAUGGCAGUGAAUAAUGUUAAAGUCAACAUCAGCCCAAAUAGGAACCUCAGCUGCAGCCUUCUUGGUGUGACUUUAAGAAAAAUAUUUACAUUAGUCGUGGGUGGUAGAGUGUUAGAUGAAAGAGCCAAACCAUCCUAUAGAGGUGAGACAUUUCUGAUUCAUGUACAUUGUUUUCUUCCCACAUUCUGCAGCUUAAAUAAAAAGGUUUC